AUGUCGCUUAAAAUAGCAGAGGAGAGUUUGCCAAAUCCACUGGUGGGGAUGGUGGAGUGUUUGGUGGUGGUGAGAGAGUAUGAUGAGAAGAGAGAUAAGGUGGCUGUCGAGGAGUUGGAGAGGCGGUGCCAAUUUGGGCAGCCAGGGAAGCCUUCCAUCAUCAUAGACCUCAUGGGUGACCCUAUUUCUCGCUUACGCAACUUCCCAUCCCAUGUCAUGAUGGUAGCAGAGUAUGGGAAAGAGAGAGAAAUUGCUGGGAUUAUCAGUGGCGGUAUUAAAACAGUUAGAAGAGCUAAGAAAGACAUGAAUGACUUUCCAGUCUAUGUAAAGCUGGCUUGUAUUCUGGGAUUAAGGGUUUCUCCUACACACAGGCGGCUCGGCAUUGGCACAAAACUUGUUCAACAUUUAGAAGAAUGGUGCCGGAAAAAUGGCGCCGACUACACUUACAUGGCCACUGACUGUAGUAAUCUGCCUUCUAUAGACUUGUUUACAGUCAAAUGUGAAUAUGUCAAGUUUCGUACCCCAGCAAUGUUGGUGCACCCUGUCCAUGCCCACUACAAGCCACUAGACCCUGGAGUCGCAAUCGUACAAGUCCCCCCACGACUCGCUGAGUUGAUAUAUUCCCGAAUUUUUGCCAACUCGGAAUUCUUCCCAAAGGACAUAGAUUUCAUCCUAAACAAUAAACUAAAUUUGGGCACUUUCAUGGCCUUACCCAAAAAAUCCCUCCCUAUCUGUGACUCAAAAACUGACAUUUUACCACAAAGUUUUGCUAUUUUAAGUGUUUGGAACACCAAAGAGGUGUUCAAGUUAGUGGUGAAGGGGGUGUCAGCACUAACGUACGCCUUCUGCAUGGGGACUUGGGUGCUGGACACCCUAAUGCCUUGGCUAAAGUUACCCUCAAUUCCUAACAUUUUUAGUCCUUUUGGUAUUUAUUUCUUGUAUGGACUUCACAUGGAAGGAAAGGGUGCUUCGCGACUCAUGAGGUGUCUAUGCACCUUCGUUCAUAACAUGGCUAGAGAUGAUACUGAUUGUGGGGCCUUGGUGGCCGAGGUGGGGAAAAGGGACCCACUUAUAGAGGCAAUCCCCCAUUGGAAGAAGUUUUCAUGGGAUGAAGAUGUGUGGUGCAUCAAGAGGCUUAAAGCAGUGAAGCAGGAAGAUGAAGAGAGUUGUGGGCCCUCUGAUUUGAUUAAAUCUCGACCAUCUUCUUCAGUGAUUUUCGUGGACCCUCGUGAUUUUUGA